CAGCGCUGGGGGCGAGAAACGGAUCGGUGCCGCGGGCACGAGGACGCGCCGCGGAGGGCCUGAGUGUCCCGGGCAGCGGCCGGAGCAGGUGGAACAGGUCCUCCCUCCCAGCUCUGCGCGCCCGCCCGGCGCCCCCGGUCUCCGGCGCGCAGCCAUGGGCGCCGGCCCCCACCGCGCGCCCCGCGCCCCACGCCCAGUGCUCUGCGUGGCUCUCGCCCUGAUGGUGGCUGCCGGCAGCCGCUGCGCCUCCGCCUUCAACCUGGACACCCGAUUCCUGGUGGUGAAGGAGGCCGGGAACCCGGGCAGCCUCUUCGGUUACUCUGUCGCCCUCCAUCGGCAGACGGAGCGGCAGCAGCGCUACCUGCUCUUGGCUGGUGCCCCCCAGGACAUCUCCACAACAGACGGCUAUACCAACCGGACCGGUGCCGUGUAUCUGUGCCCACUGACGGCCCUCAAGGAUGACUGUGAGCGGAUGGACAUCAAGGAGAAAAGUAACCCCAACAAUCGCAUCAUUGAGGACAUGUGGCUCGGGGUGACUGUGGCCAGCCAGGGCCCUGCAGGCAGAGUCCUGGUGUGUGGCCACCGCUUCACCCAGGUGCUGUGGUCGGGGUUGGAAGACCAGCGGCGCAUGGUGGGCAAGUGCUACGUGCGGGGCAAUGACCUGGAGCUGGACCUCAACGAUGACUGGCAGACCUACCACUACGAGAUGUGCAACAGCAACACCGACUACCUGCAGACAGGCAUGUGCCAGAUGGGCACCAGCGGUGGCUUCUCCCAGAGCACUGUGUAUUUCGGAGCCCCCGGCGCCUACAACUGGAAAGGAAAUGUCUUCAUGAUUCAGAGGAAGGACUGGGACUUAACAGAGUACAGCGACAAGGACCCAGAAGACCAAGGCAACAGCUACAUUGGGUACACAGUGCAGGUGGGCAGCGCGGUGCUGCACCCGACGGACAUCACCAUCGUGGCAGGUGCCCCGCGACACCAGCACAUGGGCGCCAUCUUCCUGCUGAGCCAGGAGGCAGGUGGAGACCUGCAGCGGAAGCAGGUGCUGGAGGGCACGCAGGUGGGCGCCUACUUUGGCAGCGCCAUUGCCCUGGCAGACCUGAACAAUGAUGGGUGGCAGGACCUCCUGGUGGGCGCCCCCUACUACUUUCAGCGCAAAGAAGAGGUCGGGGGUGCCGUGUACAUCUACAUGAACCAGGCGGGAACCUCCUUUCCUGGCCACCCCUCCCUCCUCCUUCAUGGCCCCAGCGGCUCCGCCUUUGGCUUUUCUGUGGCCAGCAUUGGAGAUAUCAACCAGGAUGGGUUCCAGGAUGUUGCUGUGGGUGCUCCGUUUGAGGACUUGGGCAAAGUGUACAUCUACCACAGCAGCUCCAGGGGGCUCCUCAAACAGCCUCAGCAGGUGGUCCACGGGAAGAAGCUGGGACUUUCUGGCUUGACUGCCUUUGGCUACUCCCUGAGUGGGCGGAUGGACGUAGAUGAGAACUUCUACCCAGACCUGUUGGUGGGCAGCCUGUCGGACCAAAUUGUGCUGCUACGAGCCCGGCCAGUCAUCAACAUCCUCCACAAGACGUUGGUGGCCAGCCCAUCUGUGCUGGACCCCACACUCUGUACAGCCACCUCCUGUGUGCAGGUAGAGCUGUGCUUUGCUUACAACCAGAGUGCCGGGAACCCCAACUACAGGCGCAACAUCACCCUGGCCUACACCCUGGAGGCUGACCGGGACCGCCGCCCGCCCCGAUUCCGCUUUGCCCGAAGCCAGUCACCCAUCUUCAACGGCUUCUUCUUCAUGCCUGAGAUGCACUGUGAGACACUGGAACUUCUCCUGAUGGACAACGUCCGCGACAAGCUCCGGCCCAUCGUCAUCGCCAUGAACUACUCUUUACACUUGCGGAUGCCAGAGCGCCCCAGGCUGGGGCUGCGAUCCCUGGACGCCUACCCCGUGCUCAACCAGGCGCAGACUCAGGAGAACCACACCGAGGUCCAGUUCCAGAAGGAGUGUGGGCCCGACAACAAGUGCGAGAGCAACUUAGAGAUGCGGGCGGCCUUCGUGACCGAGCAGAUGCAGCAACUGAGAAGGCUCCAGUAUGGCAGAGACGCCCGGAAACUGUUCCUGAGCAUCAACGUGACCAACUUCCCGAGCCCUCAGCGCGCUGGGGAAGAUGCUCAUGAGGCCCUGCUCACCCUGGAGGUGUCCCCCGCCCUGCUGCUGUCCUCUGUGCGCCCGUCUGGGGCCUGUCAGGCCAAUGCCACCACCAUCGUGUGUGAACUCGGGAACCCCUUCAAACGGAGCCAGAGGAUGGACCUGCUCAUUGCCUUCGAAGUCAUCGGGGUGACCCUGCACACAAGAGAACUCCAGGCACUGCUGCAGCUCUCCACGUCCAGUCACCAGGAUAACCUGCAGCCCAUAACCCUGCCUCUGCUGGUGGACUACACGCUGCAGGCCUCCCUCAGCAUGUGAGGGGCAGGGCUGGGGGGUGGCGAGAUGGGGGUGGUUCUCCAAUACUCAGGAGGUCUCUCUUGCCCACAGGUGGGCCCACUGGGGGAGGGGCUGGCCAGUCUGGGGACCUUGAUCUUGGGACUGUAUUGGCCCUAUGAAGUUACCAAUGGCAAGUGGCUGCUGUACCCCACGGAGAUCACCAUCCGGGGCAACGGGUCCUGGACCUGCCGGCCGCCAGGGGACCUUGUCAAUCCUCUCAACCUCACCUUCUCGGUGCCAGAGGAUGGGCCACCACCAUCACAGCGCAGGCGGCGGCGGCGACAGGUGGACCCUGGGAGAGACCAGGACCUGCAGCCUGUCACUCUGGCUGCUGCCAAAAAAGCCAAGUCUGAGAUCCACCUGACCUGUAACAAUGGCCACGCCCGCUGCGUGUGGCUGGAAUGCCCCCUCCCUGAUGCUCCGGUCAUCACCAAUGUGACCGUGCAGGCCCGCGUGUGGAACAGCACCUUCAUUGAGGAUUACAGAGACUACGACCGAGUCAGAGUAGAUGGCUGGGCCACCCUGUUCCUCCGAACCAGUGUCCCCACCAUCAACAUGGAGAACAGGACCAUCUGGUUCUCUGUGGACAUCGACUCCGACCUGGUGGAGGAGCUGCCGGCCGAGAUUGAGCUGUGGCUGGUGCUCGUGGCCGUGGGCGCGGGGCUGUUGCUGCUGGGACUGAUUAUCCUGCUGCUGUGGAAGUGCGGCUUCUUCAAGCGAGCCCGCACUCGCGCCCUGUACGAAGCUAAGAAGCAGAAGGCGGAGAUGAAGAGCCAGCCGUCAGAGACGGAGAGGCUGACCGACGACUACUGAGGGGGGCGGCCCCCGGCCCACCCCGUGUGACUUCUUUAAGCGGACCCGCUACUACCAGAUCAUGCCCAAGUACCACGCUGUGCGGAUCCGGGAGGAGGAGCGCUACCCGCCUC